UAUUGUAGUACUACCAAUAGUAAGAUAUACGUAUAUUUUUCUGCGUGAGGAACCAAUGGUGAAGUAACCUAAUUAUAAAUGUUAAACUCUGGAUUAGGUUGAUCAUUGUUUAUACAGUCCUGAUAUUUUGAAUCUUACACAAACAAUCUAUGUGAAAGUAUAUGAUAAACUAAUAUAAAGUAUUUGUUAUACUUUUAUAGUGAUGUCUCCGAAACCUAACCAGGAAGAUAGGUGUGCCAAUAAAGUAGUGUUAGCUCAAGGAUGUUUAGCGAUUAUUUUUCAGCGGAAUGGUGAGAAUGAUGGUGGUGAACAUAACGUUACAACUUCUCAUGGGCGAGAUCAUAGUGGUGAAGUACGUUUACUCGCCGAAGAUGGGUACUUUUUAUUCCAGGAAUUUUUAAGAGAGAAUAGAUGUUGUUUUUGGAAUGCAAGUUUGUCACAGAGUGUCGAAAAUUUGCAGUAUAAGGGAUUUUUAACUCCUUGUACCAUAUUGGUGACAAGUUCAAUGUACUCUUUAGAGGUUAUACGCUCUGCCUGGGCAAGAAGAUUGUUGCAUUCUCCAACAAAUUAUAACAUCGUUAAAUUAGGGGAUGUUCCUUGUGUGGAAAUGGAUGCAGUAUCUCAAGUCCAAUUUGCACCAUUAGGUGAAGCCCUGUGUAAUGUUAUAUUUGAACUGAAUGCAAAACAAGUCAAUGCAACUCUUGAAGUAAUAUCAGAAAGACUCCAAAUUAAUUUUCCUGAAAUGGUUAUACCUCAAGAUGAGGUGCUGUAUAAAACACUUGGGAGUCUGAUACGUGAUCGAAAACUCUAUCACAGUGGCCAAGGCUAUUGUGUUGUUACACCCCACACUUAUAUUCUGACUUCACAAACCACUGUUAAUGAACGACCAAUUCUGAUGACAAAUGAAGAAGCCAUAAUUAAGUUACAUGGUUAUGAUUCUUUUAGUAGUGAAGAACGUAAACAUACACGCACAUGUUGUGUUCAAGUGGAUGAAAAUACAAAUUGUUAUGGCUCUGAAGGUCAGGUUUUAGAAGCAUCAAAAUCUUCUGGUAAUUUGGAGCGCAGUCAGUCAGUACGAUUGUUAAGAGUGAGAAGGAGGAGCAAAUCAGAGGAACAUACAAAGAUUAGUCGAAGUGGUUCUUUCAAAUUAAAAAAUAACAAGCGAAUAGCACAAGAAAUGAAUGAUUCAAAAAGUGAUUUGGAAAAUCUUGAUAAUGAUAAAAAAGAAAAAUCGUCUGUACUAAACUGGUUGUUUCGAAAAGGAAUGAUGCGAGCUGAAAAAAGGACUUCAAAAUUGACAACAUUUUCAGCACAGUUUCCACCAGUUAGUGGGCAGGAUGUUGAGACUGUUCACCUUCAUUCUCGUGGAACUCAAACAUUGAAUGAAGAUAUGUUUGUCACAUCUAAGGUUAACAGGACAAGUAGUUUAAGCCGUAGUUCUCACUAUGGAAGACAUUCAUUACUACUACAAUCUACAACAGGAGUGUCACCUCCAAGAGAACAGCGAAGUCAAACAGAUCAUCAUUACUUGAUUUCUAAGUCAGCUAGUCUUCCUCGAAAAAGUUAUCACUUGAUGAAUAAGAUUUGUGAAACUAAGUAUGUACCAUAUUCAAAUAAUAAAGCUACACAGAAGAGAAAUCUUCACCACAACAGUCCAUAUUUGGAGUCUUCUUUUGGUGUACCAAACACACCUGGUGAUUCAGUUUCAGUAAUUGGUUUGGAUACACAUACAAAUUCCAAGUUUAAUGACUCUGACUUUCUAAGAAAAGAAAAGUCUAAAUACCCAAUUACUGGAGCAAAUAAUCUUCAACAAAACACUUCCUUCAAUAAGUCAAGUGAAAAAGCAAGUGAUCUGUAUAGUUCAUCAGGACCUAAGAGACCUGACAUGCUUACCAGGUUCACAAUUCCUCAAACAACUAAGAAAGCAAACCAAAAUGAUGUUGCAUGCACUGAAAAUCAAUUGUCUUCAGAAAUACCAGCCAGUAAGUCUGUACCUUUUUCAUCCAUCAAUAAGAAAGGUGAUGUGGAUGUUGAAACUGAAUUGAGUAGAUGUAGUUCUCAACAAAAAACUGCAGUGGAGUUAGAAAUAAGUUUUAAUACAAAUAAAAAACAUGUUAAUGACAAAAAGAUAUGGACCGAAGAAACAUCUCCAAAUGAACUUAUCAAAACAAAUGUGUGCACAUCUUGGAACCACAGAAUACCAUUAAAUACAGAAUGUAGUGACAACUUGAAUACACAAAAAUCAUCUUUUAUUAAGACAACUACUAACAUUUCCACCAGUUUGUCUAGUGAUGCCCUUGAGAACUUGAUGAAACCAGGUGCUUUAUCAAUGUCAUCAAGGUGUCAGAAAAAAGAUUCUAGAAUAACAGAAAGUUUGAACAGAACUAUGAGUGAAUCUACUCACAUGUCUUUGCCUGUAAAAUUAAAAUUAGCUGAAGCUAAAGCUUCAUUUUUUUCUGGAAGUCCUCAUUAACUUGAACCCUGUUGUAAUGUUCUGGUGUCCCUUAAAUACUUUUAUGUACAUUACGCAUUAAUGUGUGUUUAAAGGAAGUUUUCUUAUAGGAAAGAACUAUCUUGUAUAUUUACUGUGACUUGGAAAUGCACUAAUUAUAUGAGUAUAGCAGGUUUUUAGUUAAGGCUACUUAGAAUUUAUAGGAUGAUCUUAAGCCAUGUUUUAAGCAUUUAACUGUUUUUUUAUAAAAGGUAAUUCAUAAAUUAAUUAAAAAAUUUAAUAGUUUUGAAAGAACAAGUCAUUAAUAUGAACUUUUCAGGAGAUAUUUAGUAUGAAAAAUACCUGGUUCAAGAAGUAAUGUAUUAAGGUUGCUCAAGUUUAUAGUAUGGUUGAUGUAGUCCAAAUCAAGAAGCUCUUUUAGUACAGUCUUCCACUAGGUUUAAUUAAACUAUCAACACAACUUUUACCCUGUAUUUAAUAUGUUAGACCAACCAAUUAUAUGACUGAAGUGUUUAUGUGUUCACUCAGGACUUGUUUUUGUACAAUUAUUUGGUUAGAUAUUUUUUCAGGUUGUUAUUAUAUCUGUGAAUUAUGGUAACUAAAUGUACAUUAUUAUUAUUAUUUGCUCUUAUACUGCUUGAGAGACUUCUAUUUUUGCCAUUUGAUAAACUAAGUUAGGUGUUUUGUGUAACAUCAGGCCUUUUUUCUUGGCAUAAGGAAUGUUUCCUCUUUCCUUGUAAUUUUUUUUCCAGAAUUGUUUCCUUACUCUGGACCUUGUUACUUUUGUCUUUUAAGUUUUCUUGCUUUGUAUUUUUGUAAUUUUUAAAUUAUUUCCGAACAUAUUGUGAACAGUGUGGAUACCCAACUAGUGAGUCAAUGAAUUCUAUUCAUUACAAUUAAUAAUGCAUAACUGUAAACCCAUUUUGAUGUCUACCUGUAAUUAUUGCUAUGAAAGCUCGUAACUUUCAUUAAUAUGCCUAUAGAAUUUUGUGCCAACUCGUGUUUUGUAUAAUUGCUAAUAUAUAAAGUUGUCACAAUUGCAUACUGUGCAUCUUGCAUAAAUGUCUCCCAGACUGGACUUGGCAAUCACCCCAUGAAACUCAAUUUUCCACAAGCUUUUAUACUUUUUCAGGACUUUUGAUAUGGCAUUAAUACAAUCACUCUUUCUCAGUAAUACAGUAAUAUAUCACUGGAAUGGCUGAAAAUGACCAAAAAUUAUGAUAUGAUACUUUAUUUCACACAAAUCAAUAACUCAAGCAUGACAUUGAUUCCAUAGUAAAUAGUAAUGCAGCUAUAUGCUUUCUAAACUAAUAAGAAACAUAGCCAUGAUGGCCAACCUGUACUACUUGAAAGGUAUUAGAAUGGUAUAUUCAAUUAGCUAUAUUCAACUUGUUUAAUUUUUAGUUUUAAUCUCUGUAGAUAGUUUUCUUUGAUCAAAAGUUAAUGAUAAUUAGCUGAUUAGUCAAAAAUAAGAUUAUGAUGGAGACAGAUCAAAGCAUAUUUAUUAAAAGUUUCAAAAUUACACAGAUUCCAACAAAAAUAUAAUAAUGUACAAACUUCUGCAACUAUACAAGGAAAAAAAAGCAUCAUUAUACAAACUUAAAAUACAUUUACUUGAAAAGAAGACUGUAUACAGUUAAGUGUGUUUGUACAUUUUAACUAAGACAGUAUAUGAGUAGCCUGAAGUUAACGUAAUAAAACUUUCAAAAGUGAACAAAGUGCAUAUGUUUUCAUUGUGUUACUGUAGAGGUAGGGGAAGGAUUGCUGAGUAUUCAGUUACACUUUCUUAUAGUCUAGUGUGUUUUAAAUCUUAUACUUAUAAGUGAUUCUUGUUUAUUAAUAUAGGAUGCCUUACAGUCUCAUAAGUACACAUGCAUUUUUGUGCUUUGCAAAUGUCUAAAUCUGGUCUUUGUUUUAAAAAGAAAAAGUUCUCAUGUGUAGUAUAUACAAUUUUAUGUAUAAUCUUAGCAUUGACAAGAAAGUUUCCUUAGUUGAUUUUGGAUAGCAGAAUGCUGUGAAAAUAUGGUGUGAUUAAGAAUAUUUUACAUUAAGGUGUGGUGUAGGAUUUUAUAUUUCAGCAGAUUAACUGACAAUUGUUCAUAGUUUUAUUUCUAUCAUAAAAGUUCAUGUUCUUUCUUUACAGUUUUGUGAUUGAAAACAUAGUGACAGUGUGCUCAUUUUCUGGUUAAAAGUUGGUUUUCUUAGCUUAAUAGCAAGAGAUUCUAGCAUUCUAGGUGGAAUGUUUUAUGAAUGGAGACUGAUGUGGAAGAAGCUGGAAGUAGGCACAACAUCACAUUUGUUUAGAUAGUGGUUGGUAAUACAACAGGUGUUGUAGGUUGUAGGUUUUAGUAUUCUUUUAUUCAACUUCGGAGCCUUCUAGCAGUUGAUCCAAUAUAUUCUUGAUUUCACUUGUACACUACUAGCAAUGUAUUCUGUUGAUGUUGUCUGUCUUUUAAAAGUUGAAGAGCUCUUUUACCAUAGAGUCUGUUUUGAAAAUACAUUUUUAACUAAACUGAUGGUUAUAAAUGUUUUAUAAUUUUCUUCUUAAUCAUGUAUGAUAUAGUGCCUAAGUUGGAUAUGAUAAGAGUAACAGUUUUCUUUGGAACACCUAACAUAACAAUAGAUGGGGUGUUUAGUUUUCUAAUUUGUGUGUGGAUUAUUAUGUUUAGGGAUGACAACAUAAAACAAUUUCUUCUACAUGUUUCUUUAACAUUCUCAACAUAUUUUUUAAAAAGGUUUUGAUUUCUUGAUAUUUUAAACACUGUAUAGCAAGGUUUAAACCAGAUUUUCUUUGAAGGUUGAAGAGGUGAAACUGGCAAAAUGCAUCAGUGAAAAUGGGUUUAUGAUACAUUUUAAAGAUAUUUGACUGAGGAGCAGGCAGAACAUACACCCUUUCAUUCUGACAAGCCAGCCAGGGUGUGAGAUUUCCAAUGCAUCAAAGAGGCCAUCUUGAUUGUACCAAGAUGUUCCUGACAGAAAACAUUUUCAGAAGUAUGGCAUUCAGAUACUGGAGAUGUGAAAGUUGUAACUGAAACUUGUGUUUUCAUUUCUUUGUCAGUAAUUACAUCUUGAACAGUGAUGUUGCUGUGAUGUUUUGCUGACCAUCAAUGUACAUUUUCGAUGUGCAACUGUUUAAUUGCUUAAUAGUUACCUGAAAAAUCUCCUCCUUUCUCACUAGCUAUGGUCACAUCCUAAACAGAUGGCAUAAGUCUUGUAGUUGUAUUUUGGAAUACUGUUAUUUCAGUAGGUUCUUGUACAUUUGGUUGUUUUUCUUUUGAAUACAUAAUCAAGAAAUGAUGAUAUUUCCUUAUUGUAUUCUUUUUACUGUCCCAUAUUGUUUCUUAUCUUCCUUUCAGUUACUAAUCUUGCUUUUCUAGUUUUAUUUUUAUUAUUCCAUUUUGCUUUUGAAUUGUACACUCCACCCUUUUAUUUUACUGUUCCUUAAAUUUCUGCUUUUCUAUUUCAUAACAGUCUUCUCCCCCUGCAAAUUACAGUAUGGUAAAAAGAAAAUCAGUAUAGUUCUGUAUACAUUGUGUAAUGACUGGGUGAUAGUCAGUGUUAAUGAAUGUAUGAAUAGUAGGCUUAAGGAUGCGUACAUAAUUAAAGUGUACUGCUUGAUUUUCAAGAACAUGAAAUACAUUGCUCCAAGUUUGGGUUAUAUAAGUUACAUCAACAUUCACUACUAUAAAUUCUGAGAUUUAUUGUGAGUUUUCAUCCUGUUAUCAGAGAAUUUGUUGAUAAACUGAGCAUGAACAUUCACUAUACCAAAUUUUAUUCUUUUAUGUGAGCACUUGGCCCUCUUACUGGAUCCUUAUUCAUUUUAUUUGCUUGACAAAAGCUCUGAUAAAAUAGUUUCAACUAGCAGUGAAAUCAAAUAUUUAAUGCUGUAAAUGUUGACACAUAAUUUAUUUAAGUAUAAACACCUGUACAUCAUGAGUCUUAAACAGUAAGUCCAUGUUUGAUUGAACUAAGAUUCAUAUAACAUGAAAACUAAGUAUUUUUUGUCCUUUGUCUUCUCAACACUUCUUGAAUAUUAGAUGGAACACUAAAUUUUAGGUUGUUCAGAAUCAUACCCACUUAGUUUGGUAUUAGCUGCAUGUACUGUUGUAAAGGAUACCAUCACAAUUUUAUAGCAUUAGAAUUGUAAUAAUACAGUUUCUCAUUCUACUGAUGUAAUCUUAUUAUUAUCAUAUUUCUCAACUAGUAACACUUGUUUCAAAUAAAGCAUCAUUUUAACUUGUACGAACAGCUAUGAAUUAUAUCACUGCAUAACCAAGACAGGUAUUUCAAAUAAUUAAAUUAAUAUUUUUUAAUAAUUUGGAUGUUGGAGAUAUACCAUGACUUUUAAAAGACUGUAUUUAAAACGUCUAAAUGUUAUGCUGCAGUAUAUUAAACUGUUUUUACCAGUUUGGCUUACUCUUUAGCUGUGUGGCUUCAAUGAUUGGAAUCAGGUUGUACUUUUAGUGGUUAAUUGAGUGUCUCACUACAUUUACAUGUAUCUCAAAACUAUUAUCUUUUCCCUACAAAAAGGACUGUAGGCAGAGAAAAAGUUGGUGUUCAAGUUAAUUUGCUUCAUUCCACUUGUAAAUUCCAUUAUAUUAAGGUGAUUUAAUAUUUGAGAUGUACAGAACCCAUUUGUUACAACACAAUUUCAAGGCAAUAUUAUAAUUAAUCUAAGCAUUUCAGAUGUUGAUGAGUUUGUUAGUUUAUCAAAUAAUGCAUCAUGCUUUUUUGAUUCAUAUCUUAUUUACUUUAAUUAAAUUUGAAUUCCAUAAUAAUAAAAUUUUCAAAGUAUGUACAGAAUAACAUGAAAGUUUCCAAAAUAUGCUAUUGAUGUUUUUUUAAUUAUUACUAACAUUGUUUUUAUAUAUCAAUAAUUUUCAUCAAUAAAUAUUUAAGGCUGUCAUAAACAUUAUCAUUGAAGACUUGGUCAGAAGAUCCAUCAUUGUCAUAGGCAAUGUUUAGUAAUCUCCAAGGUUUAUUUUACACCAUGUAAAUGCUGAAUCAAAUUUGCAAAACUUUACAUUUCUUUAGUACAGAACUUUUCCUCUUGUUUUCAAUUACAAAUACUAAAGUACAUAUUUUUAUACCAGCCUGAAUUUUAUUUCCAAGUGUUAGCCAUUUUAGAUUUAUGAAUUCAUAAAUGUGACCAUAUCCUGUAGUUAGAAUUGGAAAAAAGGUUUGGGUUUCAUGACAUACGAAAAUUUUUGAAAUUUUGUUAAUUUGUGCUUGUUAUUUUAAUAAACCAAAUAACAUGAUAGUUAUAAAGUUUUAUAAGUUUAAUGAAUAGUUGUUUGUGAAAAAUUCAGUUUUGAUAAGAAUCAGUUAAUAAUUAUAUAAAAUGCCCAGUCAUGACAUGUUUAUAUAUAUUAAAUAUACUACUAAAAUCAUGGUGUUGACAAAAGAGUAUUUCUGAAAACAAUCACAGGAUGUUACUUAAUAAAAUAAAACUAAUUUGCAGAAAAUUGAAGUGGGAUCAUUCUUUUCUGUUAUUCCAUAAUCUCCCUCCUCCUAAAUAAAACGCAUUGACAUAUGGGAUAAUACUUGAUCACUUAAGUUGCAAUUUAAACUAUCUUAGGAAGUCAUUUUAAUAAGUUGUUAAAUGUUUAGAGUGUAUGUGUCAAUAAUAAAUGAUGAGCUUAGUUACAUGGUUUUUUCAUGAUUGCUCACUAGAGCACUGUUGUUGAAAGUGGGCUUUAUCAUUUUACUGAAAUACAGAAACUGUAAUGUUCUUAUGUAACAUGUCCAUUUAUGUUUCAAAGUUGAUAAAUCCUCUAAAUAUUAUAAUAAAGCUGAAAAAUGAUCAUAGUGAAAAGAAUAUUUAACAGGGAGGGAUAAAUAUUUCCAUUUGUAUUACACUUGUUCCUAGUUCAUUUGUAUUAAUCAGGCAUUCUACUGCUAGAUUAAUUAUGUGUCUCUUAGAUAGAUAUUCUAUUAACUACUGAUACCAUUUCCACUUUUGUAUUUCUUUCUUUCUGCUCUUGCAGAAUUACUAGAAAUAAUAAUAAACUAUUACUGUACAUGUUCAGCAGGUAAACAAACAAUCAGUGCUGGUGCACAUAUUGCAUCUGUGCUGUACUUUUUAUGCACAGUAUAGGUGAUUUAAAGAUCCACAUUUAGCAAAGAAAUUUAGAACAUCAGUUGAGGAAGCCCUUGAACAUAUCCAGUAGAUAAAACUAAAAAGAAAGGUUUUACUGGUCAAAACAGAAGAAUGUUAAAAAGAAAAUAACCUACUUGCUCAUUAAUAUAACCAAACUAGCAGCAAGUACAAUGUGAAUUGAAAUAUUCCUAUGUUCCAUUUCCCUUAUAAGAUGAACUUUAUUAGCUUUCUUACAAUGAUUAGAAAAUUUAUAAAUCAAUAAACUACAUAAAAAACUGAGUAAGGUAAAAAAGCUUUCUUUAAGUAAUAGUGCUCCUAAUGGGCAAUCUUGUGUUCUCAUCAUUUCCAUUUAUUCUUGUAUACAUACUAAACAUUUAAAAUGUCUCCUAAGGUAAUAGAAAUUGCAACUAAUAUAGUGCUAUAAUAAUCAUGUAUUAUUCCACAUAUCAGUAUUUGUAUUUCUUAUGGAAUACACUACAUCUGAACUCAGAAAAAUAACAAUUCACCCACUUAUUCAGUUUUAUUUAAAUCAAUCUUAUUUCAUCAGAUUAGCUCUUUCAAUUACUCUAGGAAAGGCUAUUUGUAUCAAUACCAUGAUUUAAGUAGUUUAUUUUAUGGCAUCCAGCCCCCAUUCAAUUUUUUUUCAAAUAACAUUUCAUCAGGUAAGCUCCUAUGAUUAUUCUAUGAAAGGCUUUUGUGUCAGUAUCAAGGUUUUAUAACAUAAUGUUUAGGGACAACAAGGGGUUUUUGGUCCAUCCAGGCUGUCCCAUCCUCUAAACUAAUACUGUUAACCCAUUGACUUAGGCUGCUCUAAGUGGGUGCAGAAGUUUUGCAAGCCAUACACCAUAUAUGGUACUCUCACAUUCAACUGCCAGAGGUGAAUCAGCAGUCAAUGGGUUAAAUAUAGAACAAAAAUAAAGCCCUUAUCAUUCAUAUAGUUAUGAAGCUCUCUCUUAAACUGAUAACAGUGGAAGUGUCUUACGAUGUCUGUAACUGUUAAUAUUCAAUAUAAAUUGGGUUUCUGUUGAAUACUCGUAUGCAUGUGUUUGCUCAAAGUAAUCACUAUAUUCAUAUGUAAAUUGAAUUUGUCUUUUAAGUUUUAGCAGAUUAUUAUAAUACUUCUUUAGAAUACUUAACUUCCUACGUAUAAUAAAAGUUCAUGGUGAGCUAAGAUAUUUUCAUUGCUUCAAGUGUGAAAAGUGUAUACAGUAAUUAUUUAUGAAACUUAAAAUUUUACACAACUUACAAAAUGUUCAUUAUUCAAGAACAUUUUCUACUUCUUAACUUUUUUCUAAUUUUUAACUUAAGGUCCAAUUUAGUCUAACAGAUGUUUAUAGGUAAACCGUAGUUUAAAGCUUUAUUUUUAUAAAUGUAUAGAAGGCAAAAAUUUGUGUAGUAACUGUGUUUAUUCUGAAACCCUAUUUGAAAAGGUUGUGUCCUCAUUGUCUUCCUUUGUUUUAAAUGCUAGUUUUUGUCCAUAUUUUUCUAAAUAAAAUAUUCUGCACCUUUUUCAUAUGUUUUGCUUAUUCACAUGUUAAUAGAGAUGUCAGUGCUUGAUCAGUGUGAAUUAUAUUCUUGAUGUGUGGUUACCAGUUUUAUUAGAGUAGCAAUAUUAAAUAAUGCAUAUGGGUAUGAAAUUACUCAUACCUUAGUUUAUAGGAUUCAAAUUUUUUGAUAUUUUCAUUAAUAUGGAAUUGUUUUUGAUGCUACUUGUACACUGACAUAAAAUUUACAUAUUUAAAAAUAUCAAGUUAUUACUUUUUUUUUAUAACUGUUUUAUCAUCAGCAACAUUCCAUAGUAAAUGUAUUUGAUUGUAAAUACUGGUUGCUUUGCUUUUAAAAAAUAAACAUUGUUUUUUGAAUGUUAUUUGAUUUUUUGUUUUUAGAAAUGGAUUAUGUAUCUUCAAGGAACUUUGCUUUUGUAGCUAGUACUUGUGACUAAAUGUUUGGAUAAGGUGUAUAUGUUGAUACCAUCUUUGCCAGACCUAUUAAGUUGCACAUCUUACUAGGAAAAAUGCUUUUUUUUAAAUUCAAAAAUAUAAAUUAAAGCUGAUGUUCAUAAUUUGUAAAAGUUAUAUUUUUACUUGCCAGUAAUAAGUUGGCUACUGGUAAUCUAAAUGCAACAGUUAUAAAUAUAAUUGCUUUAUAUAGAGAGAAUUCUAGAUGUUGUAGGUUUUAUAGUUAUUCUCUUAUUUUUUAAUAUAUUCUAACUAAUUUUUAAAUGUCUCUAUGAUAGUCUUCUUUUUAUUAGAGUAUUAUAUUUAUAUUAUACAGUUUUAUCACAGAUAUAUUUCUAUUCAUAUUAUACAAUUGUGACACCUUUUUUCUGUUUUUUAUAGCUAUAUAUUUCAAGGAUAUACAAAAUUUAAGUAGUUAUGAUUUUUUAAUAACACUUUCUUUUUUAAAUUACUUUUCACUUACCAUUAAACAAAUUAAAUCUAAACCUGAUAAAAUGAGUGUUAUGUAAGUAUAAGUUAAGUAUGUAAUUAAGAGUUAGUUAAGUAUUACUGAGGUUACACAGUUCAUUGAUUAUGGAAGGGGUUCUCAAGGCCUGAAGCUAAUUUUUAUAGCUUACCAGCUCUAUUAGUUCAUGUACUGUCACAUAUCUUCUUACAAAAAGUAAAAAAAAAAGAAACUAGAAAAAAUUCCACAUCUGAAUUUUUUGGGUUCGAGUAUGGCAAUUACCUCUGUAAAAAAAAA